AUGGCUGCCCGGAACGGCUAUGGUUCACAGAACUCCGUGGCCCACCUAGACCCUCUCAAGGGCACUGUCCUGAGGGACAGCAUGGGAGGAGAGAGGGGGAAAGACCUGUCCAGGGAUGACCUUGUGUUCCUCCUCAGUAUAAUGGAGGGAGAGCUGCAGGCAAGAGAUGAGGUGAUCACGGUCCUGAAAGCAGAGAAAAUGGAUCUGGCUCUGCUGGAGGCCCAGUAUGGCAUUGUCACCACAGGAGAGGUGCUUCGAGCCCUGCAGAGAGACUCACUCCAGGACCAGGCUUCUGAGGCCCAGCAGGAUGUCUAUGAGAAACCCAUGGCUGAGCUGGACCGGUUGGUGGAGACGGGGAACCAGAGCUACAGGCGGAUGCUGGAGCAGCUGCUGCAGGUGGAGCGUUCCCAUAGUGGCGCCCUCUGCAGGCUGGAGGAGCAGGACCAGCAGCACCACGCCUUCAUGCAGCGCAGCGACGACCUCACCUGCCUACUGGAGCAGGACCGUGAGAGCUAUCUGGCCAUCCAGAGUCACUACACACAGCCUUCUGACCCUUUGAAGUGCAUGCAUCGUUUUCCUGACGUUGUCGUCAGCUAA